UCACAAAACAUCAAUAGAGAUUUAGUAAAGGCAGUGCAUUUGUGGCGUGGAAGCAGCUAAAAUGUAGUUCGCGUAAUUAGGAUGCACGUUGAGGGAAUGGGAGCACACACGUUUUUUAAAAUGAGUGUGGAAGUGGAGUUAAGCUUUAGUUUUACAAAAACAUAGACUAUCCAGGUUACAGACAGUACGAUGUCAUGUAUACCGAAUAGCUAUGUUAAAAUUCAUUAUCAAGCACAAAUUCAAUAGUGAGUUAAGGGUAUUCAAAGGUUUUUGAUAUUGUUUAUCAUGAGAAAAAUGGAAAACGCUGCCAAUCGACCAAGUCGAACGAGAGUUCGCUCUCACUCGCAAUCUGCAAGAGUGUUGGUUUUCGACGAAAAAACUGUCACUCAUAUGAGAAGCGUUGAUGAACCCAGCCAUCGACGAUUUUCUGAUUCAGAAGAUGGAAAGUUUCCUGUUAAAUCACGUUCAGAAGAAAAAACCAACUUGAUUCAUAUGAGAAAAUCAAAUCUGGGUCAGUCAGCACCAUCACUCUCUUCGAGCAUUAAAGAGCUGGGUUUGCCUCGAAGAAGUAGUCGUAUUGCCCAUAGGAAGAGCUUCAUAUCGGCAACUUCUCCAACAUUACCCAGGUGUCAUUCACCAGUUCUAAGCAGUCCCUUAGAAAGUCCACGGAUGUCUCCAAGCCAACAUUUUGGUUUUGCUCCAAUUAAAAGAGGUGAUGGAAGAAGAUGGUCUGUUGCAUCUUUGCCUUCAUCUGGCUAUGGGACAACACCUGGAAGUUCUAAUGUGUCGUCACAGUGCUCUAGCCAGGAGAAACUACACCAGCUGCCAAAUCUUCCUACUUCAGACGAACUUCAGAUGCUGACAUCACAUUUCUCAUCAAAUGACAGCAAUCCAAGCAUAGAUGAUGAUGGACGACGUUCUCCUUUCUAUAGACCUAGAUCGAGAAGCCUAAGUAGUCCGAGUCGUUCCCCAGUUACAGAUGAUGAAAUUGUUCUUAUGAACACAUUAUACAAGGAAAGAUUCCCAAAGGCCACUAAGCAGAUGGAGGAAAGAUUGCAGAGUUUUAUUGAUGAAAAUAAAUCGCUAGAUUCAAAUGAGAAGUUCAGCAUACUUGCCAAAGACUGUGUCCCCAUAGUGAGAUUUGUUCACCAUCAGAUUGUGGAGAUGGCAAGAGACUGCCUUCAAAAAUCUGAAGAAAAACUGGUCACCAGCAGAUAUUUCUAUGAAAUGUCAGAAAACUUGGAAAAGUUGCUUUCGGAGACAAAAGAUAAAUCACCUGAUGCAGCAGCCUGGUUAAGUGGAAUAAUUAAAAAAUUACUUCUUAUAAUUUCUCGCCCUGCUCGUUUACUGGAGUGCUUAGAGUUUGACCCUGAAGAAUUCUAUUUACGCCUGGAACAAGCUGAAGGCCAAGCUAAAACAUCGUAUGGAAUAAAGGCAGAAAUAGCUCAGUAUGUCAUCAACAAAUUGGGUUUAACAAGAGAUCCCAUAGCAGAAUUACAGGAGGGAUUAAAUAAGAUGGAAAACAGAGCUGCGGUUACAGAAGAAAGAGUUUCCACAACAGCAGUGUGUCCCUUACCAGCUGCUAAGGACUCUAAAGAUUCAAAGGUGCCAUCUGAGGAUGACUUUGAAAUAGUGAAGUUAAUUUCGAAUGGAGCAUAUGGUGCCGUUUACCUUGUUCGCUCGAAGGAAACGCGUAUGAGAUUUGCAAUGAAGAAAAUAACAAAAAACAAUCUUGUGCUAAGAAACCAGGUUGAUCAAGUAUUUGCUGAGCGUGAUAUCAUGAGUUUUACUGAUAAUCCAUUUGUAGUGAGCAUGUAUUGCAGCUUUGAAACAAAGAAACAUCUGUGCAUAGUCAUGGAGUAUGUGGAAGGAGGAGAUUGUGCGACACUGGUGAAAAACAUAGGACCUCUCCCACCAGACAUGGCAAGGUUUUACUUUGCAGAGACUGUUUUAGCUGUUGAAUAUUUGCACAGUUAUGGGAUUGUUCAUAGAGAUUUGAAGCCAGAUAACUUGCUCAUAACAGCAUUGGGCCAUAUCAAGCUUACAGACUUUGGAUUGAGCAAAAUGGGGCUAAUGUCAUUGGCAACUAAUCUGUAUGAAGGCUACAUUGACAAGGAAACCAAGCAGUUUUCUGACAAACAAGUUUAUGGAACACCGGAAUACAUUGCACCAGAAGUUAUACUGAGACAGGGAUAUGGCAAACCUGUAGACUGGUGGUCUAUGGGCAUUAUAUUGUAUGAAUUCCUCAUUGGCUGUGUGCCCUUUUUUGGUGAUACACCAGAAGAAUUGUUUGCCCACACUGUAAAUGAUGACAUUGAGUGGCCAGAUGAUGAUGACUGGCCAGUGCAACCUGAGGCCAAAGACAUCAUCACAUCUCUACUACAACAAAAUCCAAGAGAUCGACUGGGAACAGGGGGUGCUCAUGAAGUAAAGGAGCAUCCAUAUUUCAGUGGUGUGGACUGGAAUUCAUUACUAAGGCAAAAAGCUGAAUUUGUUCCUCAGAUUGAUCAUGAAGAGGACACCAGUUACUUUGACACUCGAAUGGAUCGUUACAACCAUGACAUUGGAGAAGAUACAGAUGAUACAGAUGAGUCACCUCUGUUCAGUUCAUUCUCGUCGUGUACGCCACACUAUCGUAAGGUACAGACCAGGCUAAGUCUAUUUGAAGAAGGGGAUGAUGGCAGUUUCAGAAAGUCAUUCUCACGUGCCGAUUCAGGGCAGUCAGACCAUUCAGAGUCUUCUCCUUCCAAUCUUGGGAGUAAUUUGGACACACCAGAAACAGAUGGAAACCGGGAAAUAAUGGAGACAGGUGAUCGAUCAUCGUUGAAGAAAGCCGCACAGCCUAGUACGCCUGAAUCAUCACAAACUGAGAGUGAUGAUGUUUCACCACAGAUCCACAGGAAGAGGAGACUUCACUCAAAGGAUGCUCUUCCUCGUUUUUCAAUUUCUGUUGAAGAUAAUCGUACCAGCUCUCAGCCAGAGCAAAAUACAAACCAAUUGCAGCCCUUGCCCAUUCAUCCUUUGGAGGAGAAAGGUUGGCGAAACUCUGACAAUGUUCCAAGAGUGUCAUUACCAGCAAUUCCUCCAAUUGCACCUUGUGGAAAGCACCGUUCCAGAUCAGUUAUCAAGAGUGCAUCUGCGACUGGGCUUUCUCUUAUGAUACCUUCUGAAGAAUGUCACCCACAACCAAUUCAGUCCCCUGGUGGAUCAAGCACUGCCAGUUCACGGGAUACAUCUCCUUGCCGAGAAUUGUCGCCUCUUGUUACAAGCCUGAAACCACCAAUUAUUAUCCGGCGUGGUCCUCGUGGAUUUGGUUUUACUGUGCAUACUAUUAGAGUGUACUACGGUGACACAGAUUUUUAUACAAUGCACCAUUUAGUAAUGGCUGUGGAAGACAGCAGCCCAGCAUUCGAGUCAGGUGUUCGCCCCGGUGACUUAAUAACGCACAUAAAUGGUGAAGCAGUACAAGGACUUUACCAUACCCAAGUACUGCAGCUCGUAUUAUCUGGUGGUGACCAUGUGACACUGCGUGCAACUCCAUUGGAAAAUACCUCAAUUCGAACUGGUGGUAGGCGUAGAGAACCGGGCCAGAGCCGCUUGGCACGUCACGCUGCUCCCCAUCGUCAACAGAGACAUCGCCAGAAGAGGGAUCAUCCUGACAAACGUCGCAAACCAUCUCUCUUCCGCCGCAUUAGCAGCAAGCGUGCUUCUGCUGAACUGCAUCAGCCAUUGAAAAUAUCGAGCCCUCUGUCAGCUCCGAUCAUUCCAGUUGACUGUAAACCUCAGUUCAAGCUGGCGGCAGGUGUACCUGCACAAACAAGUGUGACACCAAGUCGCAGCCUAACUUCACUUUCCAUGUCACGACCACUACCACUACCACCUACAGAGCUUGGGCCAUCCUCACCAUUGCGUUCACCACCUACGGUGCCUAUACCACCACAUCGCUCGGCGUCUGUGGAGUCACCAGCAACUUCUUCACAGUCGAGCUCACCUGGUUCUGGUUCAGAUGGUAGUGGACAACCACCAGCACCUCAUUUCCAAAGGCCUUCAACAUUACAUGGUCUAAAACAUAAGCUGCAUACAUCAGCUAAAGGCGUUCGCUCACCUGGGAGACGCAAGUCUGUGGGUCAUAUUCCACUCAGUCCACUGGCAAGAACUCCUUCUCCAGGACCGUUGCCUUCUUCACCCACACGCUCUCCUAGCCCCUUGGCAUUCCCUGCUGUUGCUGGACACCAACCAGGUAGCUCAAACACAACACAGUCAUACAGUCCUGGACAACCUCUUGUGCCCGCAACAGGAGCAGUAGCGAAAAAGGGAUUUGGUCGACCAAAGGGAGCUGAACCAGGUUCACCACUGCUGAGACGGGCCCUUUCACCUGAUCGCUUGCAUCCGAGAAGUGCAGAGAAGCCCGCACCACCAUCUGUGUCACCAUUGUGUCAGCCAUCACCACCCAAGGUUACAGUUUCAUCGGCAUCACCUCGCUUAACUUCUGGAGUUGCAGCUUCCGUUCCCUCACCUUCAGAUCCCGAAAGAAGAAAAUCUGAUCCUAAUCCUUGCUCGGAACACAGUUCUAGUGACUUUAGAGCAUCUGCAUCUGGUGAUAGGGGCUCCCAACACUUGCCUCGCAUAGCAGAAGAAAAAGAUUCUCCUACAGGUUCCAAAGAUGAACAGAGUCCACCUUUUGGAGCAUUUUCAGAAUCUACAGUAGAUUUUGAUGGCCGCAUCGAUGUGUCUGUCCGAAAGUCUGCUCCGGGCCGCCUCUAUGAAGAUCGAAAUCAGGAAACACUAUCUGGUUCUGGGUUAACUAAUGAAAAUCUCAUCUCUGCAGAUUCAGAACCUUUAAGUGAUAUCUGCAGUAAUAAAGGUAAUGAAACUCUUAUUAAGAACAAAAAUAAAUGUUCUGUACACAGUUCUCCUGAGUCAACCAGUCAUUUGCCCGAACGUGAUGUAAUAAGUGGUAAAAAUAACGCCAUGAAAGUUGACAUGAAAGCAGCACAUGAUAGUCACUCUAUCAGUUUCAAUAAAAGGCCUGAUAUUCUGCAUGAUGAUAAAUUAACCCAGAAUAAAAUAUCGACAUCUGAAACCAGAGUUACAAGUAUGACACCUGUUUCUUCUGAACUGGAUAAAGUAUCUGGUACUCAGAUUGUUGCCAGCAAACGUCAGAUUGAUAGCACUGCGUGUGAAAGCAAGUCAAAAUUUAUGCUUUCUGCAGGUGAGACCUAUCCUGCUUCUAAAAAUUUGGAGAUGACUAAGCAGCUUGCACCACAAGAUACCUGCCGGGCGAAAGUUGCUGAGUGUUCGGAGUUACAUACAACUUGUAGUGCCUCUGGGUCUGACAUUUCUGUCCAUGAAGCAUAUGGAGGAGGGUCAACAUUUCAUAAUACACGUAAUGUCAGUGUACCUACAUCAACAGAUUUUUCUCGUCAGGCUGUGCCUGCAAUUGGGGUGAUAUUACGGGGAAACAAUGCACAGACUCAGCCAUCAAGCAUGCAACAUGAUAAUGCAGCAGGCAGCAGUAAGGAAAAAGAAAGUGUCAGUAAAGUAGUAUCUUCUCUCAAGUGCACAGGUGGCAGUCAUGGCAGAGGAGUGCACAGUUCUUCUGGAGGUGAAUCAGCUUUGAGUAUAAUUCGAAGUUCAAAUAGUGAGCUGAAGAACAGUAACACACAAGUCACUAUAAGAGAGUGCUCUGAUUUGUCAAAGAAUAAAGAGACAUCAUCUUGACAUGGUGUGAACAAGAUAGAUGCUGAAUAAAAUAAGCCAUCUGAUACAUAUUUUCUGGUGCAAAGCUUUUAUUUCUGUGACGUUCAUAUUAUAUUUCCAAGCCAAAAAGAGCAAAUUAGAAGUAACAGUAUUGUUAUAAGAAGAAACCAGGGAAUGACUAUAAUAAGAAUGUUAGAGGAAGAUAAACUAGGAUGUCCAUUGAAGUAAUGCACCAGGUGAGGGUACAAAUUUGUGAAGGAGUGAGCAGUGUCUGUUUUCUUUGGUACAGAUUUACAUGGAGCUCUAUUACUUUAUGUGAAAUUCUCACAACAUUUUCAAAAAAGUAAUAAAGAUUUUAAAAUAUGAAGGUUGUAUCUGUAAUAUAUUUUCUGUACACAAGCUAUUUUUAAAAUUACUAUUUAGCACAUUGGCCAAACUCCGUUGUAUAUAUUCAUGUAAAUAAACACUUUUAAAUAUUUAACUAAAUAUUUUAAUAUAUUUUUAAUUGUAAAUUGUGGAAUGUUUAUCAAGUAAACUUCCAGUUGAAAAAUGAAACUAUAUACAUUUGAAAUAUGUUAGAGUAAUCUUGAGAAAUGUCACUUUGAAAAUUCCCCACUUUAAAUUUUAUAAUGUUGACUUUACUUUUGUAAAUAAAUAUGUUUCUUUGUUGAUAUUAAUGAAUGUCUGUGUCCUGUAAAAGUAUAUCUAUCUUAAAUCUGUUAUUCUAUCAUUGUCAUGCCUAAGUAUAAAAUGAUUAGCCCUAAAACAACUUUUAAAAGGUAGGAGAUUUCUUAUCUUGCAGUGAUUUGUAUACCUAUUGAAGGUAAUGCCAGUGAAUAUCUUUUUAAUAAUCUUGCUGCCCAUUUGAUUUUGACAGGCAUAUUGACUAAUGGCAUUGUGUUGUGUUGUGAUACGACAGUAACUAAUCUUAGCAGCUGCUAAUUUUUGCCAGUGUAAUCACUAGAAAUUGUUUCACUGUGGUGUUCAUAUCUGUCAAAGACAGUCCCAUAUUUUUUAAAUAAUAAUUGCUGUGUCCAAUAGGCAUAUAGAGGGAAAUCAUAUUUAUUGUGUCAGGAAGGGUGCACUUCUUAGACCUUUAGUUUUAGUGGUAAAUUUAUGUCCCUCCUUUUUUACCUCAUAAGAAACUUAAUGCUUUGUAGUUUUAAACAUAAUUUCACAAAAAAUGUAAUAAUUUUCAAUCCAUAUAAAAAAGUUUUUAUAUAGACCAAUGGUGCAUACAUGUUGUGACAGGAAAGUAGCCAUAUUUACACACAUUGUUUUGUUCAUUUAUAUUUAUUCUCAUAUCUGGGUUACACUGUUAUGCACCAAUUUGUUGAAGAUAAUUUUCACAAUAUUUAUUUUUUUGUAAUUUUGAAUCCAUGUAUGUUAUCAGAUUUUAAAUGUGUUGUGUCAUGUAUGUUGGGUGUGGGCAUGAAGAAAGGAGAGGGAGAUUGUAUGACAACCCUCAUUGUUUUUGUUGGUUGAUUUUUGGUCAGCCCAAAUAAGGGUAGCACUGUUUGUGUAUUUUUGUUGACGACAAUGCCACAAAUUAUUUUUCAAUAAUUUUAGAGUCCAAUUACAGUAAACAGCAAUAUAAAUCUUUUCCACAAUGUGUAUUGUGGCAUGAAACACGCUACCAUUACCCAUCUUGAUUGUGUUGUUGUUUGUGAAAGUGCUAGCUCUGAAAGAAGUUGACAAGUGAUAUACGUAACUGUUUAAAAUUUAUCGUAGUACAUUUAAAAUUUUUUUUUUUUUUUGAAACAUAUGUAGGCCUGUGGCAUCAUAUGCAUCAUAACAGGUAGGUAAUCAAAAGUGUCAACUGUGAGGUGGUCACAAUAGGAACUUUUUAGUCCUCCCCUCCUCCACUUUGAGUCUAAUGCUGCUGUAAAUUAGUGGCUAGGGUAAAUGAAGCUGAUUUAAAUAUAGCAUUUGCAGAAUAAUUAUUCUGAACAGAUGCUUUUCUCAUAAAUGUCAGAAGUUCAAUUUUUUUUUUAAAUAAUGAAUCUGACAGGAUCACCCUGUUUCAUUUUUGCUGUUAUCACAUUUAUUUAAAAUAAUUUGUGAUUUUAGAAAUUUCCAGUACAAAGUGUUGUUAAUGGUUUUGUUAUAUUUUGAGGAGAGGAAAGUAGUUUGUUGUGGACUGUCUCCUUGUUCUAGUCAAUACCUACUCUUAAUUUAAAACAGUUUUCUGUUACUCGCAAUGUAAUUAUUUACUUCUUCAUUCUCAGUGUAAUUCUGCAGUCAUGAGCAAUCUUCUGGGCUUGUUAAUGCCAAUGCGUGACAUUCAGUAGCUUAGUUUACUUAACUUAUUAUUUAUUUUUGACCAUAGCUUACAAUUUUGUUGUGGUUAUGGAAUCAAUAUUUCCCUCUGUCUCUUUACAUCUUUUGUGCUGCAGAUUACAAUUUCCUUACUUUUUGAAUAUGUUUUGCAAGUUUGUAACAGUUUUUUAUUUGAAUAUGCCCACUACUUUGUAUUUUGAUAUUACAGCUUUUAGCAGGUAUGAUCCCUCUCCUGUGAAUUCCUCUCUUGUCGAUGAGCUCUAGGAUACUGUGUGAGUUCCUUCUUUUACAAAUUGUGCUGUUUCCAGAUGCGUAAUGAACUACUUCCAGGUCAGACGUGAAACAGUUUCCCUUGUCCACAUGCAGUCAAGAAGACAUGUGGUCAGUCUUCAUUGACUUGAUUUUGUGUCAAGGUGCAUUUGGUAGAGCAUGAUACUUUUAAGUCAGCUAACAGUACCUGAGGUAAGCACUAUGGUUAAUUUGCAUAUGAUGCUACAAGGUUGUCUACCAAUUUGAAGUGGUUGGCAAGUACCAGCACCUAAACUUCUUCAAUCAAGAAUUCAGGUCACACUACUUUUGGUCAACUGGUACGCAUGUCAUCAUCCUCUUUUCAGGUGGUUUUUCAUGUGAUCAUUACACUAUACACUACAGUACAUUUAAUGUAAUUUUUUGCAUUAUCCUGUAAUGUGUUGUUGUUAAAUAGGUUUUCUCAUUUUUUGAGAAGAAAUUGGUGUUUACCUUUUGCACAUAUUUUAAUAUGAUUACAUUGUUCAACUGUAUUUCGCCUGUCUUUCACAAGAGAGACUAAGGAUGUACUCACACACUCUACUGGGCAUCAGAGAACAGCUGGUGUGGCAUCACAUUGUGGCACGAUUUAUUGGCUGUAUCAUACUAAAAACUAGAAAAUACAAUUUUUUCCAUAUUAGCAUUUCUUUUUAGCUAAAAAAUAGCCUCUAUGUAGAAUGUCUUCACAAAUACUGAAACCCGUUAUACCUGGUAGUUACAUAACACAUCCUCGCUUUUGAGUAUGGCACUUUAAGCAUGUAGAUGUACAGUUCUUUCCAUUUAUUUUCCCCCAGCAUUGAAGCAUAGGUAGUGUAAGGAGUAUACACUUCUGCUAGCCUUGGACCACAUUUAUAAGCCUGAAUGCUCAAUUAGACAGCUACAUAUAUUGACUUUGACCAAAGGGGAUUAAAACUUCAAACUUUGCACACUCUGACUUAAACUACACCGGGUCUUUACAAGUUGGCUAAUGAAAUGCCACCUUCAUUACUGAUGCUUCUAACAUUUAAUACAAAAAAAUCUUAUUAGUUCCAGUAUAAUUUUUACUUCUACAAUCAUAGUAUACAAUGUACUGUUUACAGGCUUAAUUCAUAAGUUAGAACAUGUGAUGGUUACAUUUCCAGACCAGUCAGUAAUGAGAAUGUAGGUAUACAGUGUAAUAUUUAUGAGGGAAAGUAUCUGUUUUCUUUUGUAGUUCCACUAGCCACAUUCAUCCUCAGAGCUGAUUUUUUUUUUUUUUGACAGUAUUUGGAUUACAUUCAAACUUUGUCAGUUUUUCUCCUCUGUCUUCUUGUCAUGUCUGUGGAUGUAGACUCAAUUUGUUUUACAUCUAUAACUCACGUGAACUGUAACUCAGAUGAGAACCAUCUGUCUCUCUGUGGCAGUAGUUUUUUUUUCUUUGCCUCACAUUGUUAUCAACAAUUCCUGUGUGUUGUUCUGUCAUUAUCUUCCAUGUAACUCAUUAUAUUAUUCUUGUUUUCAAGCUUUCUGUUUUGAGAUACAUAACAACAGUAUUUCUCAAUAUUUUAAAUUUUUUUCAGAGACUCUCCAUAUUCACUUCACACAACCCACACCACUCUUUGUUUCAGCAGUUUUUAUGCAAAUUUGGCUGCAUGACAACACUUUAUCUACGUUCAGAGUUUCUGUUGCUGCUUGAAAGUGCAUCCUGUCAGAGGUUUAAACUGAAAAUGAUGCCUAAAUGUUCCUUAUUAUUGUCAACAGAGUUUUUGUGAUGACCUUUGUUUUGCUGCUGUUGCCCUAAAUUUUGUGUGUGCCAAUCUUUACAGUUGGAGUGGAAUUUCUGUUCCCAAUUGUGGUAAUAAUAUUGGAAAUAAAUGAGCUUUCAGCUGUAUAUUACAGCAAUUUGUUUAUAGUUGACUUUACUGUCUAUAACUGUGGAAGAUGUCAGUUAGAUAAUAAAAAUUAAUAAUCAUUUUAAAAAAAAAAAAAGGUGAAAUUAUAAUGUCACUCAGAAUUGGUUGUGUAAUUUCCAUUAUAAAAGUUACAGGUCCUAGGAGUGUCUGUUGAAAUUCUUGUCAUAUAUAAAUGGAGCUAAAUAGAACAUUCCAUUAUUAAAGUUAACAACUAGAUAGUAAGGAAGAAAUGCCACAUUGAAGCAGAAACUGACUUUUACUUACUUCAUAGGGUUGAGAAACCAGUCAUCAGUUGAUGCUGCUGGAGUCAUCGUGUCCAUAUAAUGUGCAUUGUCAGAUCCCUUUUGAAGAUUGUCUUCUAACAUUUAAAGUCUUCUAUAUAGUUAUUUGUAAAUGUGAUACAGUCAGAUAUAUAUGUUAAUAUAACUGGGGCUGACUAGAGAGUCAGGUACUUCAUUAUUCAUCAGCAACAUUAUAAUUCAUGACAGACCAUCAGCUGUUGCUGGCUUUGGAAUUGUUAUGUAUGGUAAAUAAAGUUUUUUCAUAGUAAAUGGUAGAAGUGUUACUCAUCAACCUAAUUAAGCCAUGAUUUAAAAGUCAAUAAAGCAGAGGAGUGAGGAAUGAAGACAUGGAUAAGUGUGAAUGCUAAUUAAAUUUCAUCAUUGUUAACUGCAUUAAAAUGUGUGUAUUAGAAUUAUAAAUCUGUGGGGAAAAAAAGUCACAGGUCUAUCGAGAGUGUUUUCUUGUUGGGAAAAACCAGCAUAGUUUAAUUUUUGUGGCCAACAGGCUACAGUAAGUCAGUGUACAAAAUUUUAUAUUAUUGCUGUAGUGUUUAUGUUUACAAACUUGGAGUAUGUGUUGUUCAGGAGGUAUGUGCUGGAAAAGCCAGAAGUAACUAGUGCAAGAGUAUUUGAUUUAGAAUUGUAGCUGAGUGUUUGUAGUUAUGUGAAAAAUGAUGGUAAUGUAUCAGCUAGACUUUGUAACUGUUCUUGUUACUGUGUGUUGCUUUUGCUGAAAGCUCAUCAUGUUGUAUUUUCUUGGUUGUAUUUAGCAAAAUGACAAUCCUGUAGUUUGCUUAGAGUUAUCCCAGUUGUGCACUUUCUGGUGUUUUCAAAUACAUCAUACAGCUAGCAUGACAAAUGUAAGUAACUAGAACUUCUGAAAAUCAUAUACUAAAGCUUCAAUUCAUCCUGUGUGUUCCUGGUACUUAAUAGAAAAGGUAUAGGCUUUUUGAUGGACUUUAUUAGAAUAAAUUGGUAUUUUGUGUGUGUGUGUGUGUGUGUGUGUGUGUGUGUGUGUGUGUGUGUGUGUAAAAUGAAGACCUGUAGAUGCUUACUAAUGCUUUCAUCCUUACAUCACUCAUGAGUGCUUCAUAAGGACAAGUACAUUUAAUAAAAUAUUUUACAAUGUUUACACCAAUAUUGUUAUAACUUUGGGUUGCAUUUCCAACAGGAAAACUGUAGCUGUUGUUAGUGUUGUAAAUAUUUUCCAUCAUCUGUUUGUUUCUGUUACUCAGUGUAGAUAUUCAGCAGACAGACAUACAUACAUACAGACAGACAGACAGACAGAGAGAGAGAGGACAUAUUUAUUGUGCUUUAUUAAAAUCAUCCUUGUUGCAUCAUUAACUAAGCAGAAGAUAUGUAUUAUUCCCACAUUUAUUUUUCUAUUUAUUAUAAGCUUCUUCAAUAAAUAAUUUGUGAUAUUACUUUAUAUGCACAGCCAGUAAUAUAUAAAUAGAUGAACUGUAUGGUCAAUUUCUGUUAGCUGUUAAUUUUAUCAGUUUUUUGGAGUCUCUAGGUCUCUAACAUAUGUUUUCAAUAAAAGGGACUCAACAAUUUGUUUAGAACAUCUGGUAUGCCUGUAAAGUGAUUGAAAUAAUACUAAUGUUGAGAAACUGUACCUGUUUAGUGAUUUACCUACAAUUGUCACCAGAAUUCUGAAAUAUACCAAGAGACUGCCUGUUGUAGCUUGGAGUGAAUUUCAGUUAUUGGACAAUGAAUGAAAGUUACCUCUGUACGGUACUCAGUUCAGCUCUACUCUUCCUGAAGUUGAGUGUGAUGUAAUAUGUUAGUAAAUGCUACAUUUUCAAUAUAUAUUUCUGUAAUUUUGCCAAAUUUUGAAUUGAAUAUAUUCGUUAUUGGAAUGCUGCAUAAAAGUAAUUUGGUGGUUAGCUCUGUAGUCUUGAUGUGUCUGGACUAGUACAUGUUCACAACUAAUUUUGUCUUUAAUUUACUACUGUAAUUCAACAACUAUUACAGUCAGAAUUGUGGAUCAUAUUUGUCAAAGUAAUGAAAUUAAACAAACAACAAGGUCAGUGGAGAUGUAAAGUGUCAUCCUUGUAAUUGAAAAAUGUUGGGUGAUAUUAAAACAUAACGUCUUGUGAAUUUAUACACACUUAACUGAUGCAAACUUUUUACAACAUUAGCUUUGUUAUUUUAUCACAUACAAAUUCUACAAGUUUUAAGAAAUAUGUCUGUUCCCAAUAAGGAAACUAGAUAACUGAUAUACUGAAUUAAUUCUUUGAUGUGUAAGAGCAUCUCAUCAGUACCUACAUCCUGUAAUGAGUCUCAGUUUUUGUGCUGAUUUCAUAGCACUUUUUUGUGUUGACAGUUGACUUAUUUUUAAUUACACCAGUGCUGACACAUUAUUUUAAAAGGGAAACAUUUCUUUGAAGAGAAUAGUUUCCACUUCUUGUCAAUCUCCCUAUGUAAUUACCUUUAACGUUGCAUCAUUGCUAAAUUCAUUUAUGAAGUUUUUAUAGAAAUAAAAUAUAUUUCUAUACUGUGUGUAUUAAAAUAAUUAGAUAUUGCAGAUGUAUGGUACUGAAAAGUCUUUUUUCCAAUAUCAUCACUAUACAGGGAACAUUAAACAGACAAAGAAAGUGUCAGCCAAGAGAAAUGUAACUGAAAUCCUGCUUGUAACAUUUUAUAACUGUCCAUAAAUGAGGAAGUCUUAUUUUGUGGUAACAUAGGGAUUACCCAGAGUAACACCAGGGUAGUAAGUAUUUUAAGAAUGUUUGAUACUAUGAGAGGCAUAUCAGGUUGUCAAAAAUGAAUUGUUGCAACAUUUGUAUUUAAAAAAAAAGAGGUAGUUUAUCUGGGGAUAGAGGACAAAA